AACAAAAAAGUAACAAAAACACAAAAAGUUAGCUGAUAUAUUGUCUUCAUCUCACACAAACACAUGCGGGGAGGAAGGACUUCCCCAGAAAAACAACAAGGGACACGCCACACAAAAAGAUGGAUUCUUACUUUGUGGCUGCUCAUGACAGAGAUCGUGAGACUGUCGGUGCAUCACGCACUGUGUUACAUCAAUCGGCAAACACAGACCAAACACUGGAUGCAUCGUCUAAUCGCACACCAAAUGAUGACCAUGCAAAUGAGGAUGAAGGCAUGCCGGAGGUGAUGUCCACGCCACAGCAACCCACAACCAUGAUGAGAUUUGACACUCUUGAGGAUGCUGAAAAACACUAGAAAAUGUAUGCGAGGCAGAAAGGUUUUGGAGUGAGGUAUUGUUUCAGAAAAAAGUCAGAGGCUAGUGGUGAACUGAUAAGAGCAUCCCUUGUGUGCCAUAGAGCUGGGCUGAAGAUUAACAAGAAAGUAGACACCCCAAACCCGCAACCUAUUGCCCUUGAGAGGUGGAGGAAUACAACUGAAAGAACAAACUGCCCAACCCGUAUGUUUGUGAAGCGAAGAGAUAAUUCCUGGGUUGUUACAGAAAUAAAUGACGACCAUAACCACCCUCUCAUCAAGAAGUGGUCGCUGACAGGGUACCUACGAUCCCAUAGACAUAUCCCUGAAGAAGAAGAACAGUUUGUGAAGUUGCUUGACUAGUGCAAUCUGGAACCUUCUAGACAGAUGCACUUGUUGACAGAGUUGCAUGGCCAACAUGAAGCAAUUGGUUACACUGACAAAGACUUGGCAAACUUGCUGGCAAAGUUCCGGGCUGAGCACGAAUACACUGAUAUGCAGGACACGAUUGAGUACUUUAAGAGCAAUCAACAACUUGAUAAAGACUUCUUUUACAAGUACAAGCUUGAUGAUGAUGAUAAGGUCCAAUGCAUUUAUUGGAUUGAUGGUUUAGCGAGAAGGGCUUACAUGUUUUUCAAUGAUCGUGUCUCUUUUGACACAAUGUAUUUGGCCAAUAUAUACAAGAUGCCUUGUGCCCCGUUUAUUGGUAUAAACAACCAUGGACAGUCAAUUCAGUUUGGCUGUGGUUUUGUUAGGAAUGAGCUAUCGACAAGCUUCGUUUGGCUAUUUGAGACAUUCCUAGAGGCAAUGGGUGGUUUGGCUCCAACCAAUAUCAUAACUGAUCAAGAUUUUGCCAUGAGGUUUGCUAUUCAGGAUGUUUUUCCCAAUACAACACACCGAAACUGUCGUUGGCACAUAAUGCAAAAUGCAACUGAGAAGCUUGGUCCGCUCCUAGCGAAACACCCAGAGUUGCAAGCUGAGUUCAAUGAUUGUGUCAAUGAAAUCUACGCUCCUGAAGAGUUUGAAGCAAGGUGAAUUGCAAUGGUUCAGCAACAUGGGGUUGCAGAGCACCCAGACUUUGUUUAUUUGUAUGAGAAACGAACAUGUUGGGUGCCUGCCUAAUUUAUGCACAAGUUCUACCCCUUUCUCCAGACCACGCAAAGGAGUGAAGGCUUCAAUGUUGUGCUCAAAAAGUAUGUCAACCCACAAAACUCAAUCAUGGACUUUAUUCACCAAUAUGCUGCCAUACAAGAGAAGAUAAUGUGUGCUGAGAGCAAGCAGGAUGCAGACACAACAAUCACAACAGCUAGGAAGUGGAGAUACAACCCAAUUGAGCUCCAAAUGUCAAGUAUCUAUACGCGCAAUAUUUUUGUUACGUUCCAGGGGGAGAUGCAGUCACUGUUGUCGUACAGCUGUAAGCAGACGGGUGCCCAAGAGUACAUGGUUGACUGCAUUGCAAAGUUUGUCCCGGCAUAUGGCAGCAAGUCCUUUAAGGUUCAUGCAAAUGUUGAAGAAGGGGUGUAUAUGUGUGAAUGUUGCAAGUAUGAGCACGAUGGGAUCGUCUGUUGCCAUAUACUAAGGAUCAUGGUCCAGCUUGGUGUUACCACGUUGACAGCGGCAUACAUACUCAAGAGAUGGAUGUGGCUUGUGGAGGAAAUGCUCGUUGAUAUGUCAUCACAAGUCCCUCGCAAGGUGCAUGAGAUGCGUGAGGAGUCGGUGAUUCUGAUGAAAACAACCUUCAUAAAGAAUGAGUUUGCCUCACUUGCUAAAGUUGGGUGCCGCACAUCUGAUGGUCGAAAUAUAAUAGGUACACACUUAAAAGAGAUGAAGAGGGAGCUAGCUGCGCUUGCAAAAGAACAGGAAAAAAAGAGAAUCAAGGAUGAUGUUGCUCCAGUUUUUUCAGCGACUACUCCAAGUGCACCAUCUAUGUCAUAAUAUGCUGCUCAACAUGCCUAUUCUGCCCAAGUUCAUGGCUCCAAUAACCAAGCUCAUUCUUCCUAUGGAGCUCCUUUCGAGCCAAACAUUAUGGGCCACGGUGCUAGAGCAACAGCUGCAAGUACACACACUAUGUCAAAGUCUGCUGCUCUAGGUGCAUCUUCUGCCCGAAGUGCUUUGGCGGUUGCAGCAAGUGCGCCGACUAUGUCAAACACUGCUACUCCGGGAGUCUAUACUGCCCAAGCUGCUGCUCGCUCCAACAACCAAGGUCAUUGUUCCUAUGCAGCUCCUUUCAAGCCAACCACUUAGGGCCGAAGUGCUUCGGUGGCUGCUGUGAGUGCACCACUUAUGCCAAAUCCUGAUGCUCCGGGUGUUUAUUCUGCCCAAGUUGUUGCCUCCAACAACCAAGGGCGUUCAUCCUAUGUAGCUCCUGCCGAGCCAAACAUUCUGGGCCACGGUGCUACAGCGGCAGCUGCAAGUACAAAUAUUAUGUCAAAGUCUGCUCCUCUAGGUGCAUAUUCUGCCCGAAAUGCUUCGGUGGCUGCAGCAAGAACGACAACUAUGUCGAACACUGCUACUCCAGGAGUCUAUACUGCCAAGCUGCUGCUGGCUCCAACAACCAAGGCCAUUCUUCUCAUGCAGCAGCUUCCGACCUCCAAAUUCAGGGCCAAAUUGCAUCCGUGAGUGUUAUGGGUCCGUACGCUUGGGCAAUGGAUGCUGCUACAAAUGCUAUUUCUACCUUGGUUGAUGGCUCGGACAAACAUCACCAUUCUUCACAUGUAGUUGCUCCUGAGCCUAUCAUUCAUGACCCGUAGAAGUCAAACAUGAAAGGGCGCAAAAGGAAGAAGUCGUUCCAGCACCCAUUGAACAUUGGGAAGAGAGAAAAAAAAGACUUGUUGACUGUGUGGAUCAAACACACAUGAUGCAAGGACAUGCUCAACAAGGGAUAAACCCGCCCCCCUCCAAACUGAAGAAGAGAUGUUUUCCUGAAUGCGUUGUGUAAUUUUGAUUCAAAUUAUAUAUAAAAUUCUAGAUGUUA